CAAAAGGGAGGGCUCGUUUUCAAAAAGAUCAGGCACUGGUUGCAAGCUCCUGGCUAGCAAAUUCGUGGUUACCUAGCAGAAAAAGAGCAGCUCUCAAAGGUCUGAAAGGAGGCGCUUUCUCGUUGAUCUUUAAAGCAGGGAAACCGGUACAUUCAAUUGUAUGGUGCCUUUCUUGAGGCGCUAUCUUAGCAGACACUUGGAGUGCACCUUCUGCGAGCAGAUUCAUUAUCGCUGAAUGUCUGUCCUAGCAUUGGCAGAGCUUCUUUUCAUGUGACGCGCAAGGGAAAUUGGGGUUUGCAUCCAAUGCAAGCAGCCUCAUUGGCAAUGCACUCCUCUGUCCCUCUUCUCUCUGCGCCAGCUUCCUUAGAGACUGCAUUUAAGCUGUCUAUUGCUGCCGCCACAGCAAUUGCCCGUCCUCCGAGCCCCACGCCUAGUUGCCAGCUCAGCCCUUCUGCAGCCAAAACUCAAUGGGGUGAAGGGGACGGCUCCGUAAUCUCCAAGUUCGGCAAGCAAAGCUGUGAGCUUGUGGCAAAGGGAGUGUAUCUCAGCCCUCAAUUAACAGUCAGAUCAGAAGCUGUCAAAACCACUGCUGCUGUUGGGGUUCUCGAACGCUCUGAGCAAAGCAAUGCUUCGCAGCGGCCCUAUUUGGACGGCUCUCAAAGGCAGGGGUUUAUGGACGACCAAUCCGGACCUGGGGUCCCGAUUGAUCACAGUCUCGCACCCCAGUCCCUUGUUCAUGAAAGCUCUCCUCAUACAAAAACCAUUUCAAAACCCCAGCCAAAUGCGCAAGCUGAGAGCUCAGAGGAGUUGAGGCUUGGCCCCAGUGGAUCCAAUCUACUUCCUGAGCAGGAACUCCACCCUUCUUUGGCCACCUUUGCACCUGACAUAUUUGCAGCGCGCGCUCAACCCCCUUCACUUCUGGUGUUCUCUGGAGGGACUGCAUUCAAUGGCGUGGUUGAAGAUUUGAAGCACUUCACGACGAGAGUGUCGCACGUGCUUCCUGUAUCGGACGAUGGAGGCAGCACGGCAGAGAUUGUGAGGGUCUUGGGGGGCCCCGCAGUCGGAGACAUCCGGUCUCGCUGCCUGCGACUCUCCGACGAGAGCAGCGAGGAAGCGCUAGCUGUCAAGCGGCUAUUGGGCCACCGACUUCCGGUCGACGCCCCGGGGGCUAAGAUGGAGUGGUACUCGAUUGUGGAGGGGGAGCAUGAACUGUGGACGGGAGUGUCGGACCCGUACAAGGAUACAAUCCGGGCGUUUUUGGUUCACUUUCAUACACAGAUCUUGCGGCACUCGUCGGAGCGUUUCUCCUUCCAGAACGGCUCCAUUGGCAACUUCUUCUUCGCGGGCGCGCGCACCUUCUUCCGCUCCAUGGACGCCGCGAUCUUCACAUACUCCUCCAUUUCCGCCAUUCCGAAAGACAGCCUAGUCCUUCCGGCCGUUUCCACCAACGACCGGCUCGUCCUCGGAGCGGAACUGCGGAACGGAGAGAUCAUCCGGGGGCAGAACAUGAUUUCACACCCAUCGCCCGCCGAGCUGGAGCAGAGCGGCGUGCGCAAUGUGAAUAAGGCGCUCGGGGCGUGCCCCCCGCUGCCGUCGCCGAUCAAGCGCGUGUUUUACAUGUCGACGGAAGGGACGCAUUUGCUACAGGAGGUGUUCCCGAAGGUUAACCCAAACGUGGUUAAGAACCUAGACCAGGUCGACGCAAUCAUCUACGGCAUGGGGUCGCUGUACACGAGCAUCUGCCCCUCGCUGAUUCUACGUGGCGUAGGGGAGGCUAUCGCUGCAAAAGACUGUCCAAAGGUGUUUCUACUGAACGGCACGCACGACCGGGAGACCGCCGGCAUGGCCGCGUCCGACUUCGUCCUGGCGGUCUGCAACGCGUUGAACCGGACACAUGGAGAAGACCGAGCGUCACGACUGUACUACCUUCCUCCGACGUACGUCACCGUGUUUCUUGUACCGGAAGGGGGCCAGAUACCAGUCGACAUCGAAAAUCUGCACUCAAUUGGGAUCACACGAGUGGUGACGGUACCUUCGGAGGUUGCGGACAACGGGAGCAUCGUGUUCAAUAGCACCAAGCUGAUUGAGACCCUAGGGAACGUUAUCGCCAGCACGCCCCCAGCUUUAGCCGACUAA